GUAUUAAUUGCUAGUUUGUUAAUAAGUGGAUAAUAAAUUUUAAUUUAAAAAAGCUAUCGUCAAUUGAAAUUAUGUGCAAAACUCGGGAUGAACGUGAUGGCAAAAUUAAAGGCAAAGAUUUUCAGACACAAAAUAUCUAAAUGAAAAUAUCUAAAUGAAAGUGAGGGCUUACACUUUUGAAACGAGCGUGUCUUCCUAAAUGGAGAUUAAUCGAAAAGCAAUAGUAUCUAUUUAAGUGCGAAUUGAACACGGGACGGAAAGGAAAACGCUCGAAGGGAGAGAAUAAAGAGAAAGCGUACAUUGAAAAGCUCGAGAGCAAAAGACCGGAUCUAUGAAAUUGAUCGUUUAAUCGGAGGAUUGAAUUAUAUGACUUAUACAAGGCGCAAUUUAGAGAUUCUUCUCGCGGAGAUGGAGAAUUAACUCUCGUUAUAUCCGUCUGCAAAAGUGUUCGGUGAGCACGAGUGGUAAAAGUGGAUCAAUGUAACUCGUCUAUCAAAUUCACGCGAUAAUAUCCUCACGAUAGUGCUGUCUCUCCCUUCGUCAGCAGAUAUAUACGAUGGUGACGGAAGGAGAGCAGAAAUGUGACGAGUAUAAGAUCACACUGGAUGCAGAGACGCUGGAGACGGCUAGACUGGAGCUCCGCGAGGAUGACAACACGAGGGAGCAGGCGCUGGAGCAAUUUCGCCACUGGAUCGAGAAACAUCCUACGAUUAAGAAAUGUAGGACUGAUUCGUUGUUCCUGCUGAGAUUUCUCAGGACUAAGAAGUUCAGUCUACCGCUGGCGCAGGAAAUGUUGGAACGUUAUCUCACUAUCAGGCAACUCUAUCCUCAUUGGUUCCAGAAACUCGAUGUUGACGAUCCGGAUCUCGAUGCCAUUAUUGAUAACGGCUAUUUGGUACCAUUGCCGAAGCGAGAUCAGCAUGGUCGAAAAGUGAUAAUGUCGUGUGCAGGGCGUUUCGACGCUCAAAAAUUCACAUCGGCACAUAUGUGCCGGGUGCACAGUCUCGUGGUAGAGACUUUGAUGGACGAUGAAAAAAGUCAGGUCCACGGUUACACGUACCUCAACGACGAGGCAGGAUUGACCAUGAGCCAUUUCAGCACGUGGUCUUUCACGGAUAUUCGCAAUAUGUUGAGGUGCAUACAGAAUAGCACGCCGAUGCGUCACAAGGAGACUCAUAUCAUAAAUAUUCCCAGCAGCGUGGCAAGGAUAAUUGAAUUCGGCAUAUCUUUACUAAGCGACAAGUUGAAGUCCCGCAUUAUGAUACAUAGAAAUGUACAGGAACUGCAAGAAGCAGUGGAUCUGAAGAUACUGCCGAAGGAAUACGGCGGGGAAGUCCCGCUUUCUGAAAUGAUCGAUGAAUUUAAAAAGGUGCUAAAACAAAAGAAAGAUGAACUCAAGGCCCUCGACGACAUGUACAUUGAAAUAUCACCGAAAGAUUACCAAGAAGCUAACGAAGAAUUUGCCGGAAUAUGCGGUUCGUUCCGAAAAUUAGAGGUCGACUAACAACAUUUAUCUCUAUGAUUCUACAAUCUUAUAUUGCCAGCACCUCAUUUAAACAGUUAUUUUUUGAUUAUGUGAUUACACGUAUAAACAAUUAUUUUACCAAAAAGAACUGUAGAAAUAUAUUAUUAUGAUAUAGAAAUCGCGAGCAGGUUAAACGAUCAUACAAACGAUUUAUAAAUGUAUUGAUAAUCUUAUUGUUAGUUAACUGAUUUUUAUUAGUUAUUCUUAAUUGUUUCUUUCUAAAUCUUGGUUACGGUAUAAAGGACAAAAAAAUUUAAUUAUGGGUAAUAUUCAGUAACGUUGUAAUACAAUCAGAUUAAACAAAAUAAGAGAAUUUAUUUUGAUAUGAUAAUACCUCGAAAUAUUAUGCGUGAAUAGUAUCCAUUAUCUUGUACAUAAGUUUUCUUUGUAAUAGUUAAGAUUCCGUAAAGCAUACGAGUUAAUACUCGUUCCACUGGUGGUACCAAGUUACCUAUGAUUUAUAAGUCAUUAUUUUGAUUAAGAUAAAUUGCGACUUGACACGCUCUUAUAUUUUAAAUGAUCUAUAAUUCGUGUUAGAUUUCAGGGUAAAAAUUUAGUGCGUUUCUUUGUAUAAUUUUUUAUGCCGCACGUUUUGUAUUUUCUAAUUUUUCAGUUAUUUUUCUGAAUUUUGACAUGGAUUGUAGAUCAUCUAAAAUGGAUUUUAUUAUCCCUCGCUGUUGCAAUAGAACACAUUUAUUUACAAUUAAAAAAUAUGCACUCGCUAACGCGUUAUUUUAAUGAACGAAUGUUUUGCAUAUUCGAGAUGUUAGGCAAAUAUAUGACAACGUUAAUUUGUAAUGUUUGUUAUGUUUGUUAUGUAUGUCUUAUAAUAUUACUUGUUAUGUUUAGUGAAUAAUGAAACUGCGAUUUGACAAAAUAUUUUCCCAUGAAUUCAUAAAGCAUAAUUAUACACAAUAAUUACCGAGAGAUAUAUUUAGUUUAUUAUAUUGUUGCUCGAAUCGCUACUGUAGUUUGUGUUGUUCUUUAAUAUGCAUUGAAUGCACAAUGUGAUUUUGAUUUGAUUUUUCCAACACGAUUAUAUAUAUAUAUAUAUAUAUAUAUAUAUAUAUAUAUACACACACACACACAUACAUACAUACAUAUGAUGAUCAUGAUAUUUACGGAAGAUAGAUGUCAGUUAUAGUUUGUGCUGAAUUUAUAUAAAAUACAUAAGCUUGAAUAUACUUUAUAUAUUUUGUUUAAUGUUUAUUAGCUUGACGAAAGAAUAUGACGUGUGAUAAAAAUAACAGUUUUAUAAGCAAUUCAAUUUAUACUGAUGUUAUUAAAAUUCAAUAUUGCAUUUAAAUAAAAAAAUAUUUUACCUAUGACUAUUAAGAAAUGAUAUUCUUCAAAUAUUGAACAUAUUUAUACACAUUUUAAUUGAUCCUCAUUAUCAACAGUUAUUAUUUGUUUUAAAAACUCUGUGCUUGCCGGCGCCGUGGUAUAAAGACUUCC